AUGGCUCGAGACUCUAAGAUUGGUCAAUAUUCAUCCGAUGUUGAUGAUGAUAUUGACGACGAUGUUGCAGAUGAUGGUGAUGAGCCUGAUUUUGGUAAAAUUAAGACUAAAAAGCUAAAAAGAGGACGUAAACCAAAGAAAGCACAAAAGGAAUCCCCUGUUAAACCUCGUCCUGAGGGUGCCCGUAGUAACCCAUCUCGCCAUGCGAAACCUGUUUAUGCUGACUACGAUAUUGAUGAUAACGACGAUGAAUAA